UCCGCUCCCGCGCGCCGCCGGUCGUCCACCUUCCCACAAGCCUUUGCGCCUCCGCGGCAAACAUGGCGGCGCUCAGCAGCGGCGGCGCGCCAUGGCGGCGGGGCUGGCUGCCCGCCCUGCAGUUCGUCCGCCGCGGCUCCAAGGCGGUCACCCGGCACUGGAAGGCCAUGCAUUUCCAGCGGCAGAAGCUGAUGGCCGUGACCGAGUACCUGGCCCCGCGGCCGGCCGUCCCGCCGCGCUGCCUGACCCCCAGGAAGGAGAGGGUCGAGGAGGAGGACAACGGCUAUGCCCGGCUGUUGCGGCGGCAGGUGGAGGAGGUGUUCCGGGACAAUCGGAUGAUUGCCGUCUGUCAGUACAACUCCAUGCCCGACGAGGACGUGGUGCUGAUGAGGCAUUACCUCCGAAAGCACAACAUUGAGGUCAAGUUCGUCCUGAACGAGAUCGUCAGACCCGUGCUGUCACAGUCCAAGUACAAGAAUCUCCUCCCUCUCUUUGUGGCGCGCAAUAUCCUGCUGGUGAGCCCGGAAUUGAAGGCAAAGGAAAUGCUGCGGGUGCUGAAGGGAGUGCCGCAGAUCAACCUCCUGGGCGCCUGCAUCGACAACACCAUCCUGAGCAAGCAGGGAGUGGAGAACUUGGCCAAGCUGCCCUCGCUGGAGGUCAGCCAGGGGCAGACAGUGGGUGCCCUGGCCGUCCUGCCCUCCCAGACGUCCUCCCUGCUCCAGCGCGGCUCUGCAUACCUCACGGCUCUCCUGGAUGAGCACAUCCGUCAGCUGCAGGCCAGGGAGACAGGGAGCCCGUCCGAGCCCGCCCCUGCCCAGAGCUCGGGAGCUCACUGACGCUGAGCCCUGGGAGUCAGCUCCUUCACCGGCUGCAGUCGGGGGGGGGUCAGGGACUGAAGAUUUGUCCCCAGGUGGGCAGCCAGCGGCGGGACUGGGUGUCCUGUGGCACCACUGUCCCGAUCAGGGAGCCCUGGCCCUUCUCUUUGCUCCCCGCUACCAGCACUGAUGGCACCUGGAACAUCCCGGCUGUGAUUCGGGUGCUGUGGGGCUGCGGUUGGAGGGUCUCGGGCAUCGGACGGAGGAGGCAAGAGUGCGGCGGGGACCCCCAGUGGUGCUGGCGGGGGGAACCCCUGGCACUCUGCGCACCCCUGCCCGCUGGAACCAGGGGAGCAUGCUGUAACGCUGACCGAGCCGUGUCCGCGGGGUUGCCAUCCUGUCCAUUAAAGCGUGGUGGUGGA